CCAAAGUGUAAUGGCGGCGUAAGCACAUGCAAGUUAGUAUUUCAAGCGUCCUUGAAUCUUUGAUGAGAUAAUGAUAAGCUAGAUUAAUGAAUGUACAAUAUUUUCGUCACACUUCGCGCAAUUUUCCAGCGAAGGAGGUUUGGGUCUUUUGGUGACGAAUUGUUUUUAAUUUGACAAAUUAAUGUCAACAAACACGUAGCUACCGACCAAAUUCCGUGAACGUCUAAAUUCCGUGAUUUCACCUUUCUCGUGUAACUUUCUCCUUUCACUGACCACAAUGGCUGGCUAUGCCAUGGAUUGAUUAUCAGGGCGUCAUGCGUGUUUAUCGGGUAAGUAGGUAGCUACAAGUUGUUUCUUUUAAAUGAAUAGAUGUGUGUGUAUAUAUUUUACAUGCCUAGCUAGCCUCCACAAAUAUUGAGGGAUAAUACCCUGUCUAUUAUUUCCAGAAGAAGCCAUGGCUUAGAUGGGGAGUUCUAGAGCAAUUAAUGCUUGUUUUGACAGACAACUUCCUGCAACAUCCAACGGUCCACACAGUGUGUCAUCUCCCAAAUUUUCCUCACAUGGCUUGGGUUAACCCCCGGAGAGAGGGCUAUGGUGUAACAUUCACUCUCCCAUAUAGACCAUUUUGGAGAUUAUGCGCCAUUAUGGAUUUUCAAAGCCCGGUGGUGCAAGCUGAACUUUGAACACUAGCUAUAUGAUGUAGUAGAAAACUCUCUUAAACACACACAAAAAGAAACAAGUUUUGUAUACACUCUUGCGUGUUGAGGUCUUCCUAAUGUUUUUAUCUAAGUAAUUUAUUAAUGAAUUAUAAAUAGCAAUUAAAUACAUGUGUAGGACGAAGGGAUACCGAGUGUGUUUUAUUAUUAUUUUUGACUCCUAUUUAAUACAUUUAAAAUUUAAUGCUGAAGUGGAUAUUUAAUCAACUUUAAAAAUAUUUUUACGAUCGAAUUAUGCCUCUUACAACGUAUGAGGAUUUUUUAGAACUUAGUGUGAGGCAACUGACUGACUUCUUGUCAGCUCUUACAACGUAUGAGGAUUUUUUAGAACUUAGUGUGAGGCAGCUGACUCACUUCUUGUGGACUGAGUAAUAGUUGAGUUAAUCGCCAGAGCUUUUUCUGCAAUGGAACUUAUUAUGCCAAUAAUUCAAACAAGCUUCACAGAGUAAUUUAUUUAUUUAUCAUCAAUAUUUACACUUUAGUAAUAAAUUACGGCUAUAAUUGCAUGUCCUGAUAAAAAACCAAUGAAGACAUUCGUAUAUAUAACAAAAGAUCAUGUAAAAUAUACAUUGUGACUGAAACAAAUAACAAACAAAAAAUCGUCUAAUAGUCUAGUAAACCAAACUUAUCAUUUUUCCCUUUUUUGCCAAAACUCUUUAUUUGAGAGACAGAAAGAGUUCAGAUGAGCCGAGAAGCAGGCUGAGUCUCCGUAGAAUUAAAGAUGUUAUCCAGAUAAGAAGAUUGAAUUGGCUGGGGCACUUGGAAAGAAUGGAGGAGGAUAAUUGGGUAAGAAAGUGUAGAGACUUGAUAGUUCCUGGGGCAAAGCCCAGAGGCAGACAGAGAAAGACUUGGCAGGAGUUUAUAUGGACAGACUUGAUACAGAGGAAGUUGAGUUUAGAUCUAACUCUAGAUCAGAUUGGAAGAGGGUCAUUAAUAUACCACGUCCAACCCAUGCUAGCAUGGAAAACGGACGUUAAGCCGAGAAUGAUGAUAAAUGAUGAUAAUAUUUUUCCAUAAGUGAAGCGUACAAAAAAAUUAUAGGACAAAAGCGAAAGCAAGGAAAAAAGACAGGUACUCUUUCUAAUACCACUCUUGAAAGACUCAAAGAUAGGAGUGUUUAAGUAGACGGAUCAAGAUCAAGGGACAAACAUACAGAUUAGUAAAUUAUCACUGAAAAACAAAAUUAUAAAAAUAUCAAAAUAUUAAAAAAAUUUUUUUUUUUUCAAUUAAAAUGACUAGUGACUCUAUUCCUAAAAUCUGCGACUGAACCUGUUACUGUUAUCUCUUAGGCAGUGUAUUGAAAAAUUUUACAUCCAUUAUAGAGAAGAAGCCAGAUUAUUUUGCGAGCUCAAGUUUCACUUUGGAAUAGAUAACAUUGUAGAGUUUUGACAAGUAUUUUGACAAUGGAUUAUAACUCUCUAGAUCUUCACAAAUAUUACAACCUAAACAUUUCUUUACAAAUCCAAAAACAAAGUUCAAGUCCAAAUCCAGUAAAGUAUUUCCAAAAUCAAAAAUUGAAAAUCCAAUGCUAAUAUCUUUAUAAUGCACAAAGCAGGUACACAAUUUUAAAUAUCUAAAUAUAAAAUGAAAUUACUUUUAACCAAGCAUUAAUUACUAAUUACAGCCUUAUAGCUAGCUACAGUACAGUGUUCUAAAAGCAUUUGGGAGACCUCUAGCUAGCUAGCUAGCUAGUUUAAAGAUUUUUAGGAUAUAUUAAGUUGCCUUUAUUGCACAAAAAGAAAUUAAAAGUACAAAUAUGUGCCUAAUAAAAGUAUUUUUCAAAAUAUUUAUAAAAAAAUUGGUAUCACAAAGUUAAAAACAGAUAAAAAGCAAAACUGUCCUGCCCACAAGCACGUCCAUAAGGCAAAAGACUGAAUAAAACGUGAAGUCCAAAGUUCAACUUGCAAAUUCAUUAUGAAGCAUAAAUUCCAAAAUGGUCUAUUAAAUCCCUGUUAGGAGAAUCAAACCCUGGUCUCCUGCACAAUGUGCGAGGGGUAUAACCACUAAACAAGACGAGUGCAUUCACUUUCUUGGUACUGUCAGUGCUAUAGCGGAAUUUGUUUUCUCUGUCACUAAAUUGACGCGUAAGUCUCUGCUGCCGUUUUUGCUGUGUUGAGAUGUCCUUUAGUGUUUCUUUGUAAGAACAAGAAGUAGUGACAGUACUUAUUGACCCAAAAUUAUUUCUUGUUUCAUUUCUUACCUAGUUUUGAGGCACUCUCUUCUGUAAAAGAUUCCUUUGUAAUUAUUUUUUGAGGCAUUAAGACACCUCUGUUUAGUCAGAUCAUUGCUAGAGCUGUUUUUUAGAUAAUCACGUAAUUAGGAUUGUAUACGUUAUAUACUUUUAAUGGUAGCCUUUAAAGUUAGUACAGUCAUGGGCACCCUGGUAAUUCCUGUUAGUCUUUCCAGAGAUCAGGAAACUUUUUAAACUGUCUCCCCAUAUUCCAUGUGUUUUGCCAAUUUAGAAUGAGGAGACCAUUUAGGAUAACAAAUAAUAAUUAAAUUAAAUAUUAAAAAGAAAACAGAUAUUUAUAUAUAUUAUGUAUAUAAUAUUCUAUAUAUUCGACCCAGUAGAAAAAUUCCAUUUAUUUCAUGUAAUAUUUCUAUUUUAGCACACAAGGUAAAGAAUAACCAACAUAGUUUGAUUAAAAGAGUUAAAAUUAUAUAUUCAUAAAUGAAUUUCUUGAAUAAUCAAUCCAUAUAAAUUGCUACAAGUUUGUAAUGCAUGUUAAAAAUCGAUUAAAAGCCAUUAAAAAACAGUCAGUACCCAGGUGAAGUAAUACACAAUAGAACAAGCUCUAAAAAGAGAGUAAAAACAAUACGCAUCAAGUAACAUGUGUGUUGCUUAAUUCUUGUGUCUCAAAUGUUAAAUAUUCUGACGUUACAGCAUGACAUCAAUAACUUUAAUUUAACGUCAAUAGCUUAUUUUAAAUUAAUGAAGCCAUUACAAUGCAUUUAAAACUUUGAGGCCAAGUAAAUUGGAAAUAAGGUGGUUUCGUCAGUCUGUUUUUACGCAUGGGUAACUAAGGACCGGCUAAGACCAAUUUGGGUAAGUUUUUCAAACCUGGGUCCCCUAAUCCGUUUCGGAAUGGAUGAGUUAAUGACGUCAUCAAAAAGCCUUAACACACCAAUAUCUAUGGAACCGUUUGUUGAAGAUACAUGAUCCUAUACAUUUUCUUGAUCAACAUUUCAAGUUCUAUACAAUGAAGGCAACAGGUAUACAGAUUUCUAAAAUAAAGUUUUUGUGAAUAUUUUGACAGGUCUUACUAUCAUAUAUUAUAAAAGUUGGUAUAAACUUUGUUUACAUUUUUUAUUUUAAACGAAGCACUUUGUAUGACAUUCGUUUAACAAAACGAAGUACUUCGUAGCGUUCGUAUAAUUAUACGGAAAAAAUAUACGAACAUUUUGAGACGAUCCCUUAUAUAAUGUCGAAAAUAUUGAAUUCUCUUUUGCAGAUCACAAUAUAAAACACAAUGAGUAAUGAAGAUAUUCUAGCUGUACUUGAAGGUGCUGCCAGUCAGGAUGUUCACAUCAUUAAACAAGCAGAAGAACAACUGAAAAUGUGGGAAACAAAUACAGGAUUUUAUUCUGCCCUACUGGAUGUCUUUAAAACAAAAUCUUUGAAUGUUAAUGUACGAUGGAUGGCAGUCUUGUACCUAAAAAAUGGUAUCAUGAAGUAUUGGAAAAGGCCUGGGAUAACAGGAUUAUCAGAGGACGAAAAGACUAUAAUUAGACGCAAACUGAUUGAAUCAUUUGACGAAGAAAUUUCUCAGCUUGCUGUACAACUAGCUGUAAUUAUUGGUAAAGUUUCAAGAAUGGAUAUAAAGUUGUGGCCAGACGUAAUAAUGCACACCCUACAGGCUGUUAGAUCAGAGAACAUGUUGUUCCGUCAUAGAGCUCUAUUGACAUUAAAUCAAAUUGUUAAAGAACUAGCAUCAAAACGACUAAUAUCAGACAGAAAAGUGUUCCAAGAAAUUUCGAAAAACAUAUUUGAAUUUUUAGCUCAACUUAGUUUUGAUUCCUUUAACAAACUAAUUUGUCCUGGUAACGUCACUUACUCGUAUGAAAUUAUAGAAAUGUCCAUUUUGCUGACCAAAGUUCUGAGAAAACUGUUGAUUUAUGGGGCCACUGGCUAUUCUGCAGAAUCAAUUCAAAUAAAGUACACACAAAAUUGCCUGCAACAAGUACAGUCAUUGUUGACUAUAAAAAAAGAAUGUCGUGAUAUUCAACUCAAAGAUAAAUAUGAUAAAUAUUUAAUAUUGUUAAUGAAAAUCUUAAGUGAGUUACAGGAAAAUCAUAGUUCGUCAUUUUUACCAAUUCUCGAACCUGCCCUCCAGCUGUGCCUGCAACAAAUUCUCUCAUCAUCGAGCAACACAGAGUUUAAACCAAUGAUAAUACAUUGCGGCAAUCUUUUACGUUCUAUCACACGAAGCUACAAAAAGCCUAAAAAACAAAUAGUAGACUUAUCCGAGGAGGAUCACAUUGUGCACAGUGCAAAUUUGACAAAAGAUAAAAUUAUAACUCGGGAAUGUCUAGAGAAUUUGUGCCACCAUAUUAUGACGUGUUACUUCCCACUAACCGAAACUGAUUUGGAAGAGUGGCAAAGUGACCCAGAGGGAUUUAUGUUGGUGGAGGCAGGGGAGUCACAUAAGUUUUUGUUGGGCCCGUGCAUGGAAACUUUGUUUGUUGGUUUAUUUUAUGAAUAUAAAAAUGACAUUGUACAGUUCUUAGUUAGAUAUGUUGAGAAAAUAAACAGCUUUGAUUUCACUACUAUGUCACAAGCUGACAUUUUAAAUGUGUCGGCAGUUUAUAAAGCUGUUGGUCUGGCCUCCUAUGAACUUUUUGGUGACUUGGACUUUGAUAUCUGGUUUGAAAGUAAACUUGUUCAUUUACUGAGACAGCAGAGCAGUGGAAAUGCUUUAUUAAAACAUCAUAUUGUCUGGAUGAUUGGUGAAUGGAUUAAUGUCAAAUUUUCUAAAUCAAAUCGUGUUGAGUUGUAUGAUGUGCUGCGUGCCAUCUUGCAAGAUGAUAGUGUUGAUUUAGUUUUACGCUUGACAGCUUGCAAAACACUGCGUUGUGCUAUUGAUGACUUCGAUUUUAUUGUGAAUGAUUUUAACCCCUUUGUUAGUAGUAUCUUUAUGGCUUUGAGUAAAUUAUUAGUGUCGGUCCAGCUUUGCGAUACCAAAAUGGUUGUAUUGAAUGUGUUAUCUAUUAUGAUUGAGCGAAUUGGUAGGAAAGUUAAGACUAAUGCAGAAGUACUGUUACAGUACCUUCCACAAUUGUGGGAGCUGUCUGAAGCGCAUAAUUUAUUGAGAGGUGCUGUUGUUAAUGUUUUGGUUCACCUCGUAAAGGGUCUUGGUGCUGACAGCCAUAGUUUGUAUCAUAUUACGUUACCUGUAAUUCAUUUAAGUACGUCCGUAGAACAGCCAGCGCAUGUAUAUUUGUUGGAAGACGGCUUAGAAUUGUGGCUAACGAUGUUACGAUACAGCAAAGAACUAACCGUCGACAUGCUGCAGUUGUAUAAGAACUUGCAAGUCUUGUUUGAACGUGCAUCUGAAACCCUUGAUAGUUGCUUGGCGAUCACUAAAUCGUAUCUUUUGCUUGACGUUGGGAUGUUGUUCAAGGAAUACGGUCAUGGAUUGUCUACAGUAUUUUCCGAGCUACUUGAUUACGUGAAAGAAGACCAUGCAUCGAAAAUUGUGAAAAUCCUCAUUUUAUCCUUCCAAUUGUUACCCAACGAAUUUUUGGUCAUGUAUCAAAACACAGUUUUAAAGGUUUUAAAGUAUACUUUAAAGGACGAAAACUAUCCACCGCUGAUGGUGAAUUACGUCACACUUUUGGCGCACAUUGCGUUUCGAACGCCUCAAGCCUUUUUCCAGCUUUGUGAAGUGUAUUGUAAAAUGAACUGUUGCUCUUAUGAUGAUGUUAUGGGAAGGUUAUUUGACUUGUGGCUCGACAAAGUCGAUUGCAUGAUGCUGCAGGAAAAGAAAAUGUCGGCUUUGUCUCUGUCGAGCUUGCUCCCGCUUAAAGUGAAGUUCGUUCAUGAACGAAUUGGUUUAAUUUUGGACUUGUGCGUCAACGUCAUGUACGAUUUGCAGAGGUCUGGUGCAGACAGUGUUUCCGAUCAUUGUGCAGUUGAUUCAUUAAUUGUGGAUGAAGCUAACACGCGGAUCGGCGAAGAGAAUGAAGAAGAAGAUAGCAUGGAAGAUGCAAAAGAAAGAUGGCUGCUGUCACAAGAUCCUAUCCACACUAUCGUCUUGCUGCACUACGUACGUGACAAAUUAAACGAAACGAAACAAUCGUACGGCGACGAACAUUUUGCGGACGCAAUAAGUACUAUGGAUCCGGUUGUUGCUAAACAGUUGAUGACGUUGAUCAGUUAACGUCGCUGAUAAUUUAUUGACGCUGAUUGAAACUCAAACUUGAUAAGAUCUGUUACAGGCUGUCCACUUUUUUAGAAAUGCUAGGAUACAUUAGAAACGGAAUUUUCGGACGGAAAAACUUUCGAUUUUUUUUUGUCUAAAAAUUUUUUCUGUCCCAAAUUUUUGUCUGCCGAAAGUUUUUUUGUCCGAAAAUUUUGGUUUUCUAAUUUUUUUAAAAAAGGACCAGUGCAUAGAAAUUGUAUAAAGGGUCUAGAUCUUCUUUUUGUGUCAUUUUCCGUAAUCAUUACUUUUGAUAUUGUUUAAAAUUCGUUUAAAAGACUUUAUAAAUCUUGUCCGAAAGUUUUUCCGCCGAAAAUUUUAGUUCUUAAUGUAGUCAUGAAUAGACACAAAAUAUUUUCACGAUGCCAGGAAAAAAGCAGGAUUAUUUUCUUUGAUACGUCAUGAAAAUCAGAAAUGAAUGUUGUGAUAACACACUUGGAAUUACACUUUGUUAGCUAUUAGCCGUUUAAGGAUUUAACAGGUUUGAUUUUUUUAUAAUUUGUAUGUAACUGCAAAUCAGGAUACCUUUCGCGGAUUUUUGCGAAAAUAAGUUUCUGUGAAAAUUCGAAAUCGGCCUGAUCCGCAAAGAUAAAAUUCCACGAAUUUUUUUUUAUUUCCUGAUAUUUUUAAAGAAAACUUAAAUUUACACUAAAUCCGGGUAAAUUUUAAUACAAAAGACAACGAUAUAUAUUCUUUAUAAUCUAUCUAUCCAUUAUAAGUUUAUUUAUUUAGUAUGUUGGAAGAUGAUUUGAAUGAUGUAUAAACUAAUGUACCUACAAUUUAUAUACAAUAUCAUUCAUUUUUUCUUUUAUUGUUACUUUAUAUUUACCUGAAAAUUGUGAGCCGCGAAAAUAAAUUCUUGCGAAAUUCUAAAUUUGCCUUAUCAGCGAAAAUAAGUUCAACGCUAAAUCCACGAAAAUAAAUUUCCUUCUUCCCCGCGAAAGUCCAGAAAGAAAAACCCGCGUAAAAAAGUCUUCGUGAGAAUUAAUUUCCUUGGGUAUACGUUCUAAAGAUAAAAACAACUAAAAUGGCUAAAACCUUUUUUCUGCAAGCUUUUGACCUUUAACAUAUUUUAGUACAAAUAUUGUAAAUUGCAUUGCUCUUUAGUUUAUUAUAAAAGUGGUUUAGUGUAUUAUAAAAUUUAGAAAAUUAAUAUCAAAAAUCAUUUUAAUAUUCCACUGAUAAUGAGAAUAUAUUGGUACGGCUGCCA